CCCUCUCCGCCACCACUCCCGGUUGCUAUUCCACUAAAAUUAAAAAUGGUGUCGCCGGACGCAAUGCCCAAGCGGAGCAACGCGGCGCUUCUCCUUUCCGCCGUGUUCCGUCUCAGUGGCAGCGCUCUUGUGGCGUUCAUGUUCAUCUGGACCAUCUGGUCUUCCUUCAACCCCAUCCUCCCCACUCCCUCCCAAACAUCCCACACCAACCUCGGCCGCCACGACUCCCCGGGCCGAAACUUCUAUGACGACCCGAGCCUGAGCUACAGCCUCGGGUCGUCGCCCCCGAUGAAGGGGUGGGACGAGAAGAGGCGGGAGUGGCUGAGGCAGCACCCCUCCUUCGCCCCGAGCCGGAUCGUGAUGGUGACCGGGUCGCAGCCGGGGCCGUGCAAGAACCCCAUCGGGGACCACCUCCUCCUGAAGCUGUUCAAGAACAAGGUGGACUACUGCCGGCGCCACGGCAUCGACAUCUUCUACAACAACGCCCUCCUCCACCCGCAAAUGUUCUCCUUCUGGGCCAAGGCCGCCGCCGUCCGCGCCGCCAUGCUGGCCCACCCGGAGGCCGAGUGGAUCUGGUGGGUCGACUCCGACGCCGCCUUCACCGACAUGGACUUCCUCCCGCCCCUCCCCCGCUACCACCGCCACAACAUGGUCGUCCACGGCUGGGCCCACCUCCUCAGAGAGAAGCACACGUGGACAGGGAUCAACGCAGGAGUUUUCCUCCUGCGCAACUCCCAGUGGGCCCUGGACUUCCUUGAAGUGUGGGCCAGCAUGGGCCCACAGUCUCCAGACUACGCCAAAUGGGGUCAAACCCUAAGAUCUUUCUUCGAGGACAAGAUGUUCCCUGAGUCCGAUGAUCAGUCCGGCCUCAUCUACUUGUACCUGAAGGAGAAGUGGGGUGAAAAAAUCUACGUGGAGGAUGAGUACUAUUUCCAAGGGUACUGGCUCGGAAUCGUCCCGACUAUCGAGAAUAUAACAGCGAGGUACACGGAGAUGGAGAGGAAUGUGGGGGCGCUGAGACGGAGGCACGCGGAGAAGGUGGGCGAUGGGUACGCUAGGGUGUGGGAGGAGCAGCUUAAGGGGAAGGAGGGCUUGCGGAGGCCGUUGGUCACGCAUUUCACCGGAUGCCAGCCCUGCACUGGGAACCACAACCCCAUGUAUUCAAGUGAGAGCUGCUCUGAUGCCAUGACAAAAGCGCUCGCAUUUGCAGAUAAUCAAGUGCUCAGGAAUUAUGGGUUCAUGCACCCGGAUCUACACGAUCCCUCCACCGUCAUUCCACUUCCCUUUGAUUAUCCUGCUUGAUCACACAUACACAUUUUUUUCACUUGAUGUUAUUUGUAAAUUGUAGCUCUAAAUAGUAUACACUCUCCCCCCAUUCAUAAAAAAUCCCCUUAUCUUUAUAUUCCGCUCCACCAAAAUUAGUUUCUUUCUUAUAUGAAAAGUUUUUCUUAAUUUAUUAUC